UACUUUGCAGCUAUGAUGAAGGCCGCAGCAAUCGUCGCGCUCGCUUUAGGCGCUGAGGCCUUCCUAAAGCCUGCUGCACCCAAAGCUGCCACACAGCUCGCGGCCUACGUGCCGAGCGGCAUGUCGCCGGAGGAAUACGCCAAAUUAAAGAAGAGAGAAGCCGACGCCAAAAAAAAGAAGAACUUCGGCGCCGGCGGCGCGCGCGGCUUCGAGAGCCGGUCAAUGGCGUCGUUUAUGCGCGCCCAGGAGCGGGGCGAGGCCGAGCACCUGUUCCCCGUCGACCCGGAGAAGGUAAAGACGGGCGAGAUCCCGCUGAAGGACGUGCCGUACAUGCAGCGCGGCGGCUCCUGGACGAACUCCGACCUGACGGGCAAGAAGGGCUGGAUGAACACGGGCUUCGGCAUGUACGCCUUCAACGACGGCAAGGCGAAAAAGGCCAAGGCCAACAAGUUCGACGCUAUGUACAAUCCCGGUUCCAAGCGCGACGGCUUCUCCGUGGGCAUCUUCGGCGAGGCGGGUGCGCUGGACUGGACGGGCCGCGGCGCGCGGUCGGGCGGCGGCGCCGAGGCCGGAUUUAAAGAUGGCGUUACCGCGCGCGCGCAGAAGAACGGCAUCUCGGCGGACAUGCAGAUGUGGCGCGACGCCGGCGCCGUGGACCCGAAGAAGCUCCAGCAGAACCGGUGGGGCCGCGGCGGCGCGCCGAAGAUCGACGUGGCCAAGGCGAAGCAGCCGGAGAAGAAGUUCUUCGGCCUCUUCUAG